AUGGGUUAAUUAGCUAUUACAAUUUAAAAUAAAUGCUGCUGUAAUAACUCUGAAUCAAAAGGAGGAUACUUGCAAUUUGACCAGGAUUUUCAACAAAUUUAGAUAGAUUAAGAAUUUUUCAAUUAGUAGCAAUGGUAUAUUAAAGAAGACAAUAAACUUCUUUUUAAUCCUGAUAAAUUUAUAUUUCUCUAUACCGGUUAUAAAAAAGAUCAUGAUGACAUGAGUAAGCAUUGGGAAAAAUUAGAUUUAAGAUAAACAAUUAAGCAUGGCAUAUUUUAAAGAGAAAAUAAUUAUGAAGUACUUGCCUUAAAAUGGAAAUACCUCAUAAGAAAAGGAGUUCCAAUGAAUUUGAUGAGGACAAUUAUAUUAGAUAUUUAUAAGCGCACCUUUACUGAUAAUCUUUAAGAAUAUACGAUAGCUCUUAAUAUCAUAUUUAAAGAUAAUAUACCAUCUUAGAUAAAAACUGCACCUCUAUUAAUGGAUGAUGAUCGCCCUAUAGAAGAGGUUGUUAAGUUUAGUAUUCUGAAUGAAAAAGGAUACGAAGCACUUAAAAGAAUAUUAUGGGUUUUAAAAGAAAUGUAUCAUUAAAUCGAUUACAAUCCUAUGGUUGUUUAAAUAGCAGCUUUACUUUUGGUAUUUUUGAAAGAAGAGGAAGCGUAUGCUGUUUUAAAGUUAAUGAUAGAAGAUUCCACUAAAUUAUUGAGCGAAUCAAAAUAAAAUUCAUCUGCAGAGGAAGAAAGGUCUCUUAGAUGGCACUUUUUAAUGAAAAAAGCUGAUUUUACAAGAUUUGCAAAGUCAUUCUUUGAUACAGUCUCAUCUAAAAGCAAAACAUUUAAAUAAAUACUUUAGCAUUUUAAAGAUAUAGGCUUUGAUUAUUUAGAUCUAUUCAAAGAUAUUACAAAUAGUAUAUUCUCUGGAUAUCUUAAUUUCAGCACUGUAAUUAAGAUUUUUAUAAUAUACAUGAAUGAAGGAAUCAAAGUCUAUUUUAGAUUUAUGUAUGCUCUUUGCAGAGUUAUUUAUAAGGAUAUUUUAAAGGUCAGAGAUAUUUCUACAAUGAAAAGUCUAAUCAGAAAGAUGGGAUUAAAUAUGAAACCAAAAUAAAUUAAAGAAAUGAUAAAUAAAGCUUUUAGUUUGAGAUUGGUAAAAGUUAAUUAAACACUGUAGCGUUAUAGCAUACGUAAAAGUGAUGAAGUGGAAAUGGCAACAAAAAAAAUAUACUUUAUUCCUCAUUUAGAUCAAGAAUCGAAUAUAAUUAACUAAGAACAACUUGAAACAAUAUGGGGCUGGCUGCCUUAGAUUUUAAAAUUAUCAGAUGGUGUUUAGAUAUGGUGUUCUAAUUAAGAUGGUUAUUCAUUAGCAAAUUUAUAUAAAAGGUGUGAAUAAUAUCAGGGAAAACAAAUGUUAUUAUUGGUUAAAGCUUGCAACAAUUCAGUUUUUGGAGCUUAUUGCGAUCAAAUUUUAAAACCUUAAAAUAAUUAUUUUGGUUCAUUUGAGUCUUUUGUUUUCUAACUUGAGCCUGAAGCAGUCAAAUUUGAAACUUAAGAAGAUCAGACUAAUCACCUCUUCUGCUGCUUAGAUUACUUUUCAUUCGGUGCAGACAAUGCUGCUCUUUAAAUUGAUAGUAGUUUAAGUAGAGGAUCUACAGAUGUUUCUAAAACAUAUAAAAACCCUGUAUUAACAGGUGAUGUAAAUAAAAAACAUUUCUCAUGCAUAGAAUUUGAAGUUUAUACUUUUGAAUGA